AUCCCAUUCUUCAUCUGGCUCUAGCUUUGAAUAUAAUUCUACAAGGCCCAAUUUUCUUCAAACUCAUACAUCAUCGUCAUCAUGGUCAAGACCGCCCUUCUCCCUCUCGCUCUCCUUGCUGCACUGGCUCCCUUUGCCGCCGCAAGGAACUGCAAGACUGGGCUUAAUUAUUGUGGAUGGAACCUCCUUAACAUUGGCAAGUACGGGGCCCAGGUCAAUGGCGCCCUCGAUGCUGCCCACCAGCCGACCGACGAUGCCCAUAUUCGUGAAUCCCUCUUCCACUGCAACGGUGGCGAUAAUGGCGAUAUCUCUUUCAUCACAUACUGUGGUGGUGGCUGCAAGGAUGGCGGCAAGGACCGCAGCGACUACUGCUAGAGAUUUGGCUGCGGAUUGGUAUCAACUUCUAACUAGUGGUGCGAUAUGGAUGCGGCCAUUGUACUUUACUCCCUUCAUUCCCUUCAUCGUAUCCAACAUACGGUAUAGUGGAGUCUUAGUCUAGAAAGGAAAUGCAACUUAUAGGGGCUGAGCUUGGUUGCCUCCUAACAUAGAUAAAAUAUACCAUGCAUGAUAGGAAGAUAGGUCCCCAUAUUACAAAGGAAACAGGGUUCAUUUGAAGAAGUCGAUAUAUUUCAGUUGGAACAAUUACUGGAUGUUCAUCACGGAAAAUGUUAGGGUCGCGACAAGCAAUGCAAGUCGGUCAGCUACAUGAUACAAUGGAUAGCGGAUCGUGUUCUUCGAUUUUGAGCUCAAUCACAUUCUUUCGAAAAUAUCUUACGAUGGGCCUAUUUACAACAAUCAAGAACCGAUAACAGCCAAAGUUCGGCGUUGUCAA